UAGUUUCCGUUUCCGGCACAUGGGCGUGUACAAAAAGGGCUCUUACCGCGUUGUCUCCGUAGUCCUUAUUCAUUAAGUAAGCUGGGGGGGAAAAAAAUACAAAUCUAUUCGGUUUUUAGCUAAACUACUUAUACCGUUGCCGAAAUGGAAACGUUAAACGAUUUUGUCCAACAAUAUCCCCAAGUGCUGUGCAGCGCUACGGCGUUUGUGGCGGGUGGCGCGCUCAUCUACAAGCUUGCUAACAGGAAGAAGCCCCUGAAUGUUAAGGUCAACUGCUGGUUCUGCAACCAGGACACUGUAGUUCCGUAUGGCAACAGGAACUGCUGGGACUGUCCGAAUUGUGACCAGUACAAUGGCUUCCAGGACAACGGGGACUACAACAAACCCAUUCCGGCCCAGUACACAGAAGAUCUGAACCAUGGCGUGUCUGGUAGUCUUCCUGCCCAAGCAUCUCCUGGUAAACUGCAAUGGGUCAACUCUAAGAUGCUCCUAUGCAGGAAGUGCAAUCACAACCAGUCAACUAAGAUCAAGCUGUUGUCUUCAUUCAUGCCUAAGGAUGACGGCAACUAUGACGAGGAGAUUGACGCAUACAAGUGUCACUUGGAGGAACACUACAAGCUGUGCAGGCCAUGUCAGGCAGCAGUGGACUACUACAUCAAGUAUCAGAAUCGCCAGCUGAGGACCGUUCUGCUCAGCAAUCCGCUUAAACGCACCCAAGAUUCUCUUAAGGGCUUUAUAAAGGGUUAUUUCUCUUCCUCUUGUCCUCUUGGGGUGGUACUCCUGCGAUGCCUCGCCACACUCAUGUGUGCUUUCCUCCUUACUACAUCUGUCUAUCCACCUGCCGACCAGCCAGCAGCAUCAAGUGGAGAGCUGAAUCUUCCCAAACCCUCCACCCAAAAUGCGUCUGACAGCAGCCAUAAGAGCGACGGAGGCCUGCUGGAGCUCCUCCCAUCGGCUCUUGUCGACUACACCAAGAUCUUAUGGCUAUACGGACAAGCUAAUCAGAUGGUGGUCGUUUGUGUCGGUGUGUCUACAUGUCUCACCGGUGUCCUCUUAGCAGGACCUGCCAGGUUAAGGAGAAUCGACGCAGUGUCCUCUGUGCUGUGGUUCCUUGUUCUGUGUUGGCACAUGGUGGCAGAGUUUGUGGGUAUUGAUGAGUCAAGCUGGAUGGACACAACCAAGCACAUCAUCACCGCCAUCUGUUGCAUUGUCAGCUUUGCUGCCGCCAUAGCAACGCGCAACCCGCUGGGUCAACGAAGAGGAAAAUACCGAAGGUCAGACUCUCGGCGCUGAUAUUGUGCUUGCGUUCUUCUUCUUUUUCAUCUUCUGUCAUCGUCAUCCAUGCAGGAUUUUGAUCUUUGGAUGUUCUUUCACUGUUCUGUUAUAUAUUCAUUCUUCAUGAGGGACAUGCAAAAAAAUACAAAGCACCUAUAUUAUGAAACUUUUUAAAACGUUUAAUGACAAGUAGAUGAGAUUAACAUGAAAACAUCACUUACAAUCUACAAUAUUUUGUCAUCGAUAUCAUUAAUCAUGAGUCUUAAAGAAAUUAAGGUUUUAACAACACGGUUAAUAGGGCCGACAGCACAAUAUCAAGGCAUAAGGAUACUUAAUUAUUAGGGAUGUGCUGAUCGAUCAGCCCCCAUCAGUGUAAGCCAAUUUUCAUGAAAAAGAAUGUGAUCGUCAUUGCUGAUUAAUACAUUUAUGCCAAUCACAAACGCACACUACUUGGUUCACACCAAACCAAAUUAAUCCGUCCUCUGUAGUAGCCCUUCAGGCACUUCUGGCCAUUUUCAGUGUUUGGUACAUAUAAUACUCUAAUUUAGGUCAAUAUUUCCUGUAAAACGUAGCGUUUAGUAUGUGUCUUUUACGUUUGUUGCUUUGUUUGUCAUUUGGAACAAAUGCUUUUCUGUCUUCUCUUUGCUUUUCUUUUGGUGCCUUCUUUUGUCAACGCUCUGACAUAGAGGGCACUUCUUUUAACAUAUUUACAUGUCGCCCAUGCUCAACUUUAUUACAAUUUACUGACUUUCCAGUCAAUGUGAUCCUUAGUAGGGGUGUCCCAAUUCACAGACGAUAUUGGUCCAAUGUCAGCAAAAAAAAAAAAAGAUUAUUGCCACUUAAUAACUUUUUCAAUGUUAUAUUUGUGUUUCACACACUAAACUAACUUCUCCAGACUGAAUGUGACAUUACGUAAAUAUGUUAUAUGCAUUGUGCCAGACUUACCUUAUGUUACAUUUCUUCAAAUGACCUGUUGGUAAAGGUGCAUGGGGUAAGUCUUUUGAGUUAUAUAAACUCAAUAGUUAUUUUAUAUCUUCUCCAGGGACAAUUCCAUAUAAAUAAGACCUGAUUGUAACUUAGAGUAGCCAGUGUACACCUUGUAUGGGAUGUAUUGUAAAUAAGUCAACACACUGAUUGUGUAAGUCAGGCGUGCCCACACUUUUUCUGCAGUCGAGCUACUUUUCAAUUGACCGAGUCAAAGGAAUCUACCUCAAUCAUAUAUAUAAUUUAUAUUUAAUUAUUUAUAAAAGAGACGUUUUUGUUAACACGUUAAAGGUGUUUAUUGAUAACACAAUAAUGUUUAACACAUAUACAUUUAUUUUGUUUCAUGAAGACAAGAAUAUAAUUUGGAGUAUUACCUGAUUCUGAUGACUUGCAUUGUUUGGAAUCAGACAGUAGUUCUGAUAACGUCCACAUUUUCGAAUGGAGGAGAAAAAAGUCCUCUCUGUCCAAUACCACAUAAAAGUGCUUAGUUUUUGGCGUCUUAUUUGUCCAGCUUCCAUACUCGUUUUUAUACAUUUUUCAAGAAAUACAUUGACGGCCAACUCCGUAGCUUGCUAACUUGUGCACGCUAGCUUUUUGUUAGCGCAGGCAGGAUGAAGCAGGGCUUUUAUUGUGAAGACAGCAACUGUGCAGUCUGUCUUUAGGGUUUUGACAGCAGGGACGGCGCGAGAUUGUUGAAAUAAAAAGUAUUUCUCGCCCUCCUCUCGGUCAUGUUUUCUUAAUAAUGAUCUGGCAGCAGCCAGCGUCAUCUCAGAAGCCGUGACGAAAGUGACGUCGUAGUAAAGAUUGAUGAUCACAAAUUUUUGGAUAAUUUUUUUAAAUGCUUGGUUUGCGAUCGACUGACACCCCUUCCACGAUCGACCGGUAGCUUGCGAUCGACAUAAUGGGCAUCUCUGGUCAAAGUAUUUGGCUUCAUAAUAUCCCAGUACAUGUUGUAAUUCAUGUUUUCCUCAAAUAAACCACCUCUCUCCAGUGCUGGCAGCACUUAUGCAGCUUCAGAUCAUGACCCUACCAACAACAUCGGUGCAUUUUUUUGCCAGCUGAAGACAACAAUGGCUGUGUGUUGACUUAAUUUCAGAGGACAGUCAAUCUAUAAGGGUAUACAAAUUAUACAGACUAUAGGAGUCUCUUCAGAAGAUGGAUGAAAUAAUUGUUGGCUGUACUUGUCUCAAGCAACAUCAGCUGUAUCAUGGUUGUUUGUGCAAUGUGUGAUAAACUUGAAAUUUUAGAAGCACUAAUUUUAUUGACACCUAAUGUAGCUAUAUCUUGAUACGACGAACACAUUUGUGUUUUGAUUGGAUUGUAGAACUACAUUUUUUACUAAUGAACUGAAGGUUUUUUAAUUAUUUAUUGCACUGUUGUACACCUGAACACCAUGUGAAACUUACCUAGAAUGUUAAAAAAUGUUCUACACUGAGUUUGACUUUUAUACUACUUUAUACAUUUGCAGCCAGGCAGUUUUGGUUGCUUGUUCGUCACCCAGUUUGUGUUUCCUGAAUGCCUAAGUGUGGAUUUUUACAACUAUUAUUUAUCAAGACUUUGUAGUAAAACUUGCUGUGAGUGUGUGUACGUAUAAUAAACUGCAUAUCUAAGUGA